UCCUGCUCCUGUUAAACCUCGUCUGUCUUUGAAGCCUUGUCUCUUUCUCUCUCUCGGCCAUCCUGUUUGAACAGGAGGGAUAAUUACAGCUCUCCUGAGGCUACUGCGGGCUGGAAAUCCCACUUUAAUGCGGGUUUGAUCAGGAAACUCGGCCUAGAACGGAAAUGCUUUUCAUCUCCCCUUAAAACUCCAUUCAGUGGCCUGUUCGAGCCUUUUUAAAAAACAUUAGCAGACCUUGUAGAUCAGUAAAGUCUAAUCUUCUGGUAAUUAGCCGGCAGCUUAAAAAGGCUGAGAAGAAGCAGGCUCAAACUGAGGGCGCAGUGCAGUCUGAAGCCGAAGAGACACAAAUUUCUUCAACACACCUGAGAGGUUUUUUUAUUUUCUUUCUUCUCGACCCAAAGAACCCAGAACUACGAUCGCUUCGAUUCUCCUCACCAUGUGGACGCUCGCUGUCUUCUCUCUGUGCCUCGUCUCAACGGUUCUCUGCUUGGACUCCAACGAGAUUCGCUCCUCCAGAGAGAUAACCACAGACCCUGAACCGACAUCGAUACCAUCAGAGAUCUUCACGGUAAACGUGAGCGUCCAUAAUAACGUGAGGCGACGACAGAAAAGCCCUGAAUGCACUAAUCAGCAGGAAAACGGAUGCCAGAGCUCAAAGAAGAGACGUCGUCAGAGAAAGAAGCCGUCGCUGGAUGAUACGGUCACAGAAAAUGGACAGAAGAGGAGGAGAAACUGUUUGCGCUCCGGUGACUGUGGAGAAGGCUGGUGUUGCGUUCAGUACAACGGUGGAAGACGGUGCCAGAAGGUUCUUCAAGAAAGCGAGAUGUGCCUUUUAGGAGCGCGGCCAAAGUCUAAAACCCGCAGAUUUUUGGAGCGAUGCCCCUGCACGGCGGGUUUGAACUGUCUUCGGAUGCCUGGUAGCCUCAAGGGACAAGGAGAGUGUCGUGUUCAAGAAAAUGAAGGAGGCAACCCGCAUUAGGGUGUGUCUGAAACCUAAAACACUAACGGCUUCUCAGGCAGAGCCCGGCGGCGGCCUGUGUCCGAAUCCGAUGCUUGUUUAGAAAAAGAAAAAAGAAAAGACAGCAUGACGAACACAUGGCCAAUUAUUUUUAAAAGCAUUGUCGAUCUUUAACUGGCCGAGAAAGACAUCCCACAAUCCUGUGCAUCACACACCGAUCAGUCUGGUGACAAAACAUCAACAUCGGUGUGGACAAUUUGGUUCAACAAACAAAUUAUUAUUUAAUUUCCACACAAAAUAAUGUAUUAUUUUGAAUAUUUCUUAUAUUAUUUUUUCCCUUCCACAUGAAUUCCCAGCACUUCUUAUUAUGUAGUUAGCAAGCAGAUACCUCAGGCUUCUGUGUCGCAGGCUAACAUACAGCACUCAAAUAACUAUAUGUUAUAAAUACGUUUUAACAAUAGAUCUGAUCCGAAGACGUUUUUAACUCUUAAACAUCUGUAUUUAUAUUUCAGAUAUUUA